AUGGGCUUUAGCCUAAGAGGUGUGUGUGUGGUUAAUCAGGAGUACAAGGAGGCACUCAAAGCGAAACCGGAGGAUACCGGCAUCACUCUGAUCCCAAACGAAACAAACCUAUUUGCGUGGAGAGCCGUGCUCAGGGGUCCCAAGGAUACACCCUUUGAGGGCGGCAACUUUGAGCUCGUCAUCAACGUACCUGAGCAGUAUCCGCUCCAGCCGCCGUCGGUGCGCUAUCGCACGCGAAUUUUCCACCCCAACGUCCAUUUCAAGACGGGUGAGAUCUGUUUGGACAUCCUCAAGAGCGCCUGGAGCCCCGCCUGGACCCUGCACUCGGUGUGUCAGGCAGUGCUGGCGCUCAUGUCCGACCCCGCGCCGGACAGCCCCCUGAACUGUGAUGCGGGCAACCUGCUGCGCUUUGGCGACAUUCGGGGGUAUAACUCCCUGGCUCGCAUGUACACCCUCGACUUUGCCAAGGCCAAGAUUGCUGGCGUGCCGGACCGAUGA